UGCUGGUCAGGAAGAGUGAAAAGCACUGGCUGGCAGUAACAGCCAACCCCUAGUCAGGACCAAGAGCUGGUUCAGCUCUAAAGCCAGAGAACUGGUGGAGUGUCUUUUGGCCUCAGAGAAAUUCAGCACCCGGACAGCUCCCAGAGCUCCUGCACCUGUAGCCUGACAACACUGCUCUGCAAGAACAGAGAUGGAAACCAGAAAUAAGUCCCGGUUCUUUGUGCUUCUCAUACUUUUGAGUGUGCUCUUCUCACAAACCUCAGCAUGGCCCCUUUUCAAAGCACCUUCUGCUAUGAGUAGAUUGACUGACAGAAUACCGCUUGAAGGAGACCCUGAGUCUGAUCAAGUCUCAGUUAAGUCUGACACUGACAUCUUACAAAAUGUGUUAGCUGAGAAUGACACGCCCUAUUAUGAUGGAGCAAGGAAUGCCAGGCAUGCUGAUGGGGUUUUCACCAGUGACUACAGUAGACUCCUGGGUCAAAUUUCUGCCAAAAAAUACCUUGAGUCUCUUAUUGGAAAGCGAGUUAGCAAUGUUUCCGAGGACCAAGGACCAAUCAAACGCCACUCAGAUGCGGUUUUCACUGACAACUAUACACGCCUUAGAAAACAAAUGGCUGUAAAGAAAUACCUGAAUUCAAUUCUGAAUGGGAAGAGGAGCAGUGAUGGAGAAUCUGUUGACUUUCCUAAAGAGAUCGAAAAAUAAUGGAAAAACUCUGUGAAGCUAGGCUGCUGACAACUUCCCAAGGAAUUAUGAAGAAAAUAACCAGUGAAGUAAUUAUAUUUUGCAUUCUACAUAAAUAAUUCAAGAAAACAACUUCAAUAUCAAAACCAAAUAAAACAUGUUGUGUUGUGAAUGCUGUGACUUAUCUUAUUCUAAUGUAAUAAUUGUGAUGUUUACACUGUAAAUAUUAUGAGAGAUCUAAAAUUUGUCCUUCACUCAUAAAAAUCCUGUAAGUUUGUAUUCUCGUGAACCAUUUCUAAGAAAAUAUGCUUAGUGAUAAGUAAACAUUAAAUUCAUUUCAACUGUAGGAGGCUUAUUGUAAUGAUAGUAACAGUAAUAUUGAUGUGUUUAUUUAUAGCACAUACUUAACCAUUCAGAAGAGUAAAACAGAUAACCAGGAUAUCUAAAUUUGGAUGUUCAGUAGAUAGACUGCUAUUUUAAAUACAUUUUAAAAUGGCUAAUUGAAUACCAGUCCAAGGACAAAAAGACAUUCUUCAAUAAAGAUUUCCAGUGAAGGUUCUGCAUGUCCAUCCUAGUAAAUUACAUUCAUUGUGAAUAAUAAGUUAAAAUAUUUCAAAUUAGCAAAAUCUCUCUUCUGAUGUCAUGUGUCAGUCAAGGAUAACAGCCUCUACUCCUACUAUUGCACCUUCCUUACUGCUAAUGUCAAGAAUGUGUAAAAUGUAAGCUGAAUGGAACAUUUUUGUUUUCAGUGAUUUUUUUUAAAUAGUCAUGCAAAUAAUGUUUUGGGACAUAUUAGAUUCCUGAAGUGAAGUACAUUUCGAGACAUAGCUAUUUUUCCAAAAUAAUUGUAAGCAAUUAAAUAUAGAAAAUAAAGACCUUUGAUUAUCAAUGU